GGCGCAUGAGCCGUAGGUGGCGGGCGUUCCUGCGCAAGCGCGCUCCCUGCGCCCGGCCCCUGCGCAGGCGCGGUGUCCGAAGCUCAGACCCGGGCGCAGGCGUACUCGUCUCCCUUCCAUCCUGCUUCCUCAGCCCUGGAGCUCGGCGGGGCUUGGGUGGGUCUCAACAGCGGCAGCACCGGUGGCGGCGAUAGUGACAGUGACUGCGUGAGAUUCGGACGGAAAUGGCGAUGGCGAUGUCGGACAGUGGGGCGACCCGCCUGCGCCGGCAGCUGGAGUCGGGGGGCUUCGAGGCGCGGCUGUACGUGAAGCAGCUCUCGCAGCAGUCGGACGGGGACCGGGACCUGCAGGAGCACCGGCAGCGCAUCCAGGCGCUGGCGGAGGAGACGGCGCAGAACCUGAAGCGCAACGUCUACCAGAACUACCGGCAGUUCAUCGAGACAGCCCGCGAAAUCUCCUACCUGGAGAGCGAGAUGUAUCAGCUCAGCCAUCUGCUGACCGAGCAGAAGAGCAGCCUGGAGAGCAUCCCGCUCACCCUGCUGCCGGCGGCCGCCGCCGCUGGGGCUGCCGCGGCCUCCGGCGGGGAGGAAGGGGGAGGCGGCGCGGGGGGCCGAGACCACCUGCGGGGCCAGGCAGGCUUUUUCCCCACUCCCGGGGGCGCCUCCCGCGACAGCUCGGGCCCCGGCGAGGAAGGGAAGCAGCGCACCCUUACCACCCUGCUCGAGAAGGUGGAAGGCUGCAGGCACCUGCUGGAGACGCCGGGGCAGUACCUGGUGUACAACGGGGACCUGGUGGAAUACGAGGCCGACCACAUGGCCCAGCUGCAGCGGGUGCACGGCUUUCUCAUGAACGACUGUUUGCUGGUGGCCACCUGGCUGCCCCAGCGGCGGGGGAUGUACCGCUACAAUGCCCUCUAUCCCCUGGAUGGUUUGGCCGUGGUCAACGUCAAGGACAACCCGCCCAUGAAAGACAUGUUCAAGCUGCUCAUGUUUCCCGAGAGCCGUAUUUUUCAGGCAGAAAAUGCUAAAAUCAAACGAGAGUGGCUGGAAGUGCUGGAGGAAACCAAGAGAGCCCUCAGUGAGAAAAGACGAAGGGAGCAGGAGGAGGCAGCGGCCCCUCGAGCACCACCCCAGGUGACUUCCAAGGCCAGUAACCCAUUUGAGGAUGAAGAAGACGACGAACCGGCCGUUCCUGAGGUAGAAGAGGAGAAGGUGGACCUCUCAAUGGAAUGGAUCCAGGAGUUACCUGAAGACCUGGAUGUCUGUAUUGCCCAGAGGGACUUUGAAGGAGCCGUUGACCUGCUGGAUAAAUUAAACCAUUACCUAGAGGAUAAGCCCAGUCCACCUCCUGUUAAAGAGCUAAGGGCCAAAGUGGAUGAGCGUGUCCGGCAGCUCACGGAGGUGCUGGUGUUUGAACUCUCCCCAGAUCGUUCCCUGAGAGGUGGUCCGAAGGCUACACGUAGAGCAGUUUCUCAACUGAUCCGGCUGGGCCAGUGCACAAAGGCCUGUGAGCUGUUUUUGAGAAACAGGGCAGCGGCUGUGCACACUGCAAUACGUCAGCUGCGCAUCGAGGGUGCCACCUUACUCUACAUUCAUAAGCUGUGCCAUGUCUUCUUUACCAGCCUUCUUGAAACCGCACGGGAAUUUGAGACGGAUUUUGCAGGCACAGACAGUGGCUGCUACUCUGCCUUUGUGGUCUGGGCGAGAUCAGCCAUGGGCAUGUUUGUGGAUGCCUUUAGCAAGCAGGUGUUUGAUAGUAAGGAGAGCCUCUCUACCGCGGCCGAGUGUGUGAAAGUGGCGAAGGAGCACUGUCAGCAACUGGGGGACAUUGGACUCGACCUCACCUUCAUCAUCCAUGCCCUUCUGGUGAAGGACAUCCAAGGGGCCUUGCACAGUUACAAAGAAAUCAUCAUUGAAGCCACUAAACAUCGCAACUCUGAGGAGAUGUGGAGGAGGAUGAAUUUGAUGACCCCAGAGGCCCUGGGCAAGCUCAAAGAGGAGAUGAAGAGUUGUGGGGUCCGAAACUUUGAGCAGUACACCGGGGAUGACUGCUGGGUGAACCUGAGUUACACCGUGGUUGCCUUCACCAAACAGACCAUGGGCUUCUUGGAAGAAGCCCUGAAGCUCUAUUUCCCAGAGCUGCACAUGGUACUUUUGGAGAGCCUGGUGGAAAUCAUUUUGGUUGCCGUGCAGCAUGUGGAUUACAGCCUUCGAUGCGAGCAGGAUCCAGAGAAAAAGGCUUUUAUCAGACAGAAUGCAUCCUUUCUCUAUGAGACCGUCCUCCCUGUGGUGGAGAAGAGGUUUGAAGAAGGCGUGGGGAAACCCGCCAAGCAACUCCAGGACCUGAGGAAUGCAUCCAGACUUAUUCGUGUGAACCCUGAAAGUACAACGUCAGUGGUCUGAUGCCCGUGGUUCUGUGUCUAUGUAUGCCUAUAUAUUGCUUAUACGUUAUUUAUAUUUAUAUUAAGUUGCAUUAGCAUAUUCUUUAUAGUCUUAAACACAGAUCAAAAAUAAAAGACGCCCUCUCAAACAGAAAUGCAGAAUCAAAAGGAAAAAGAAAAAAAAGUUAAAAUUAAGCCAAAAUAACAAAACAUUGGAAUUAUUAAAAUAUACACUUUCCUUUUAAAUUAUGCUAACUCUCUAAUGAAUAUGUUGUCACACUACAGCAUUUCAGUGUAUCGUUUUGGGUCAAAACACACUUUCUUCCAGUCUGUAUUAUGCAGCUCAGAGAAAUCGUUAUCUAUAAAUACGUAGAAUUUAAGUAUGUCGUGAGGUUUCCCAGUUCGCUAAAAUGUUAGGUCUCUUAAAAGAGUACAGUGCCGUACAAACACCCUGCUUCACACACUUCCCCACCUUAAAAUGUGACUGAACAAUUUGGGGGGGCGGGGGGAGGAGUUGAGAGCAUUGGUUUUAGCAUAAAUUUUAGUCAAAAAAAUUCCUUCUUGAAAGUGGCCAGUUUGUGGACUCAAAUAUUUGGAUAGCUUUCAUGAAAUAGCUCCUCAAACAUUUUGCCAGUGUGAUUUCAGUGACUAAUUAUUUUCACCUGCUAAUUAGCAACUUUCUAAUACUUGAUUCGGGAGCAUUUACUUGAAUCUUAAGGACUAUGGUAACUUUUCUUUCAACAUAUUCCUGAACUGCGUGAAUUUCUAGCCACAGCUUUUGUCCUUACCAUACUAAAAAAAUUAAAAUGAUUAAAAGAAAACCACCAAAACAGGACAGACUGAGGAACCUAGCAAUGGCCAGUGACUUUUAGCUGCCUUCCCUCAAUCUCCCUGUAACAUAUAAUGACUCAGACUACAUGGAAACGGGAGGAAAGUUUUCAGUGAAAUAUUUAUUGAAAUUUCAGGGCCUGGGUGGAUGGGAAAUUAGAAAAAAAUCAUAUGCAAACCCUACUCAAGUAUGACUGUUUUGAGCAGAGAUUUGGCUUUUGAUUUUUUGUAGCAAAGUAGAGAACAAAAAGGUGAGACAAUGUGCCCAAAGCCAAGGGAAGAAAAGAACUUUUGGUGACUCCUACUAGAAUGCUACAUACUGCCUUUCUCUUGUUUUGUGUUUUCCUUUGUUAUGAAAAGUAAAUAUAAUGCUUACUUCAGGUUGUUUCGUAAAACAAAAAUAGCUGAAGAAAUUGGAGCUUCCCAGGAUUUCUGAACUACUGCUUCCUCUGUGCAUUGAUUAUAUAAGAUUCCCCAUAUGUGAAGAGAAAUUGUGCUAAGGUCCACCAUUUUUCCCUCUUUCCAGUUGUGAUUCUUGUCCAAAAGUGCCAUUUCUGAUGCUGAGGACUUCCAAAGUUCUUGUCUUUUAUCUGAAUUAAAAUAGUGGUAUUAACUGGAAAUUAUGUAAAACUAAAAUAGCUUCCAAGAGUGGCUUAGGGUUUGUGAAGCUCCAUGACUCAGUUACUUGCUGUCAGAGGAGCCCUUUUAUGUAUUUUUAGCUAUGCAUUUUUUUUUUAAGAUUUUAUUUAUUUAUUUGACAGAGAGAAAUCACAAGUAGAUGGAGAGGCAGGCAGAGAGAGAGAGAGGGAAGCAGGCUCCCUGCUGAGCAGAGAUCCCGAUGCGGGACUCGAUCCCAGGACUCUGAGAUCAUGACCUGAGCCGAAGGCAGCGGCUUAACCCACUGAGCCACCCAGGCGCCCCAGCUAUGCAUUUUAAAGGUUGAAAAUUAUCAAAGUUAAGAUUUUCUUUAAUUUUUUCACAUAAAUUUAGAAUUUUCUAGACAAUAACCAUAACUGGAUAUCUCAGCUAAGCAGAAACAGUUAUAAUUUGCCUUUUUUAAGAUCACUGGAAACUUGAAUUUGAUAACAAUGUUAUUAUUUUGUGCAAGUUAGUUUCUAAAACUAUAUUGUAUAAAAUGUGUGUAAAUACCUGAUGCUGGGUCCAUGAAACGAUACUUCUGAAAUCAACACUUAAGGCAUGAAGUUGUAAAAACGUAAAUGUGUAUACUCAGAUAUUUAAAUGGUUACUUCUCCAUAGAACUGUCUGCUUUUUAAAACUGGAAGUACAGAAUUUUCUUUGGGUAAACUUUGUGUGUCGCUUAAUCAGAGUUGUAGCUGGAGGAAGUCAGCCGGUGGUGAUUCAGUUAGUGUGGGAAGUGGAUCAGAGACCGUCAGUGUCAUAAUGUAUCUUUGUGCCAAGACAGAGCCAUGGUGUACCAUUCCUCAGAGUGGAGUCGGAGCUCUUCCCUCGUUCUUGUUUCAUUAGACUCCAAAACAAGUCCUAAAAAUCGAAUACAGUUAGAGAUUAUCCAGAAAUACAGCACAUACUGUAAUCCACCACUGUAAACUUGAUUGCCUCUUCUUGUCUGCUUCCCACAUCACACUGUCACUCGAGCUUGGAAUCACAGAGUUGAUUGAAUUAAUUACUGUUGAGAAAAAGACACCCUGUAGAAUUAAGUCUCUUUUUGAUUAAAGCCUCAUUUCACUUAAAGUGCUGAACACUUACUUUUGUUUAAAAGACUACCUUUAGUUAAAUAACCGGCACUUGUAUUUUGCAAUUCGCUUACCUAGGAUUGGGAAUUUGGGACUUGACAUAAGGUGUAAAAUCAGUAUAUGUACAUUUUGCUUAUUGAUAUGCUGUGAUAUGAGGGAUCCUGAAAUGUUUAUCAAAAUAAAGCUUAAAAUUUUUCUUACACUGGAUAAAA